AUGGGUAGUGGAAGAAAGAGAAUAAAGGUAGAAGAAACAGAAAUAACAGUAGACGAUAAUUCAAUAAUAACAAAUAAUAAAGAUAAUAAACAAACAAAUCCCUGGAACAAUGGUAAGCCAUAUUCAAGUAGAUACUAUGAUUUAAGAAAGUUUAGAAAAUCCCUUCCAGCUUGGCCAGAAAGAAAGACUUUUUGUAAGUUAGUUAAAAAGAAUCAAGUUGUAAUAUUAGUUGGAGACACUGGUAGUGGAAAAACAACACAAUGUCCACAGUUUAUAUUAGAAUCUGGGUUAGGAGGGGAUUUAAAGAUUGCAUGUACCCAACCACGUAGAGUUGCAGCAAUUAGUGUGGCCCAGAGAGUCUCAGAAGAAAUGGAUGUUUGUUUAGGUGAUGUUGUUGGUUAUACUAUAAGAUUUGAAGAUAAGAGUAAUGAAAACACUAAACUUAAGUAUGUAACAGAUGGAAUGUUACUCAGAGAAGCAAUGUAUGACAAUGAUUUAUCCCAAUAUGGAGUAAUUAUAAUUGAUGAAGCACAUGAAAGAACUAUUUCAACAGAUAUUUUGAUGGGAUCAUUAAAAGAAAUACUAUUAAGAAGAAGUUUUGAAUCUAAAAAUCCGUUGAGAUUAGUAGUAAUGAGUGCAACAUUAGAGUCAACUAAAUUUCAGAGUUACUUUGGUAAUAAUUCACCAGUUUUUUCAAUCCCAGGAAGAAUGUUUCCUGUUGAAUUAAUAUAUAACACAAAGGCAGAAAAAGAUUAUUUGGAAGCAUCUAUACAAAAAGUACUUUAUAUACACGAAAAUGAAUCUCCUGGAGAUAUCUUAUUAUUUUUAACAGGAGAAGAGGAAAUAGAACAGGCAAAACAGCGUCUAGAAUUUUUGUCUUCUCCUUUAGAACAUCAGUUUGGUGAAUUAGUAAUAAUUCCAUUAUAUUCAACACUACCUCCAAAUAAGCAACAAAAAAUAUUUGAUAAGGCUCCAGGACCAAAGUAUCCAGGUGGGCCUGCAGGACGUAAGGUAGUAAUUAGUACUAAUAUAGCAGAGACUAGUGUUACAAUUGAUGGAGUAGUAUAUGUAAUAGAUCCAGGUUUUUCAAAACAAAAGGUGUAUAAUCCUCGCACAAGAGUAGAAUCUCUGCUUGUUUCACCAAUAUCCAAGGCUUCAGCCAAACAAAGAAUGGGUAGAGCUGGGCGUACUAGAGAGGGUAAGUGUUUUAGAUUAUACACAAAAGAAGCUUUUGAAUCAGAAUUGGUAGAUCAAACACACCCCGAAAUAUUGAGAAGUAAUCUUAGUAAUGUUGUUUUAACAUUAAAAAGUUUGGGUAUUAAUGAUUUGGUUCAUUUUGAUUUCAUGGAUCCUCCAGCUCCUGAAACUUUAAUGAGAGCUCUUGAACAGUUAUAUUUUUUAGAAGCAAUGGAUGACGAAGGAGAACUAACUAAAAUGGGAAAGCUUAUGACAGAAUUUCCAAUUGAUCCCCAGUUAGCUAGAAUGCUAAUCAAAUCAUCAGAAUUAGGAUGUGCCUCUCACAUACUAUCUUUAACAAGCUUAUUAACUGUACCAAAUAUAUUCUUAAGACCAAGAGAUCAAUCUAAAGAGGCAGAUUAUGCAAAAUCCAGUUUUAUUGACCCGGAUGGGGACCACUUAACGUUAUUAUAUGCUUUUGAAUCUUUUAGGGAGGUUCUAUAUGAAGAUGAGAAUAAAGCAAAGAAAUUUGCAAAGGAGAACUUUUUGAAUUAUAGAGCAUUGGUUUCUGCAGAAAAUGUUAGAAAACAGCUUGAAAGAACAUAUCAAAAACACAUACUUAACACUAAUGAUAAUGUUGGCUCUGAUGAUGGGGAAAUUUCUGAAUCAAAGCUGAAUAUUUCUAUUAGAAAAGCAAUUACCCAAGGUUUCUUUAUGCAAGUUGCCUGCUUACAUAGGGCAGGCCAUUAUACUACAGUAAGAGAUAAUCAAGUGGUACAUCUUCAUCCAAGUUGUGUAUUAGGAUCAAAACCUGAAUGGGUGUUAUAUAAUGAGUUUGUUCUUACUUCUAGAAAUUUUAUCAGAACAGUAACUAAGAUUAGAGGAGAAUGGUUACUUGAGGUUUCUCCCAAGUAUUAUAAUCUUGAGGAUUUUCCAGAAUGUGACUCUAAAAAGAAAUUGGUACAACUAAAUUAUUCUAGUAAAAGGAUUUAG